UCCCCCGCCCCGGGAUUCCCCUCGCGGCCUCUCCCGCUUCCCAUGCGGGCCGGGCAGCGCCCCGGGGAGCUGCGGCCGGUAUAAAGCGGGCGGAGCGCAGGCGGCGCUGCUCAUAGUCGCUAUGCUGGGGCUGCCGGGGCUGCUCCUGCUGCUCAGCCUGGGCAGCGUCUGCUGCCCUCUGGGGGCGCUCUCCGCCCUGCCCCUGGCCUCCCGGCGGGGCCCCCCGGGGAGAGCUCAGCCCCGCCCCGCCGCCCCCUACCAGACCCGCUACUUCCCCCAGAAGAUUGAUCAUUUUGGAUUUGAUCAAGAUCUUACAUUCCAACAGCGGUACCUAGUAGCAGAUCAGCAUUGGAGAAAAGACAAUGGAUCGAUUCUCUUCUACACUGGCAAUGAAGGCGAUAUCACCUGGUUUUGCAAUAAUACAGGUUUUAUGUGGGAUGUGGCAGAAGAGCUUAAUGCCAUGUUAAUAUUUGCUGAACACAGAUACUAUGGAGAAUCCUUGCCCUUCGGAAAUAAGUCUUACAGCGAUUCCAAACACCUGAAUUACCUGACGUCAGAACAAGCUCUGGCAGACUUUGCGAUACUAAUUCAGCACGUAAAGGAGACAAUUCCAGGAGCCCUAAAUGCCCCUGUGAUUGCCAUAGGGGGUUCCUAUGGAGGGAUGCUUUCAGCCUGGUUUAGAAUGAAAUACCCUCAUGUGGUGGUUGGAGCUCUUGCAGCCUCUGCCCCAAUCUGGCAGUUUGAGGAUUUGGUACCCUGUGGCACUUUCUACAGUAUAGUGACAAAUGAUUUCAAAAAGAGCGGGCAGUGCUGCUCAGAGAGCAUCCUGAAUUCCUGGGGGGCCAUUAACCGCAUCUCCUCCACAGAUGAAGGUUUGAAGUGGCUUUCCAGCGCAUUUCACUUAUGCAGCCCAUUAAAAAGCAAGCAAGAUGCUGCUGUGUUGAAAGCUUGGCUAAGUGAAACAUGGGUAAAUUUGGCAAUGGUGAACUAUCCAUAUAAAGCUGAUUUCUUACAGCCCCUGCCAGCUUGGCCCAUUCAGGUAGUUUGCAAGUUCUUGAAGAAUCCCAAAUUGCCAGACAAAUUAUUGCUACAGAAUGUUUUCCAGGCAGUAAAUGUUUACUACAACUACUCAGGAGCUGCAUCGUGCCUUAACACGUCUCAGAGUGCCACAAGAAAUCUUGGGCUGACGGGCUGGUACUAUCAGGCUUGCACAGAAAUGGUGAUGCCCAUGUGCACAGAUGGUGUCAAUGACAUGUUUGAGCCUAGGAAAUGGAACUUCCAUGUCUUCUCUGAAGAAUGCUUCAAACUGUGGAAAGUGAGACCCCGCCCUUCCUGGAUUCCUUCUGUGUAUGGAGGGAAAAACAUCAGUUCACACAGUAACAUCAUCUUCAGCAAUGGCGGAUUGGACCCGUGGUCUGGAGGUGGAGUGACUCGGAACAUCACAGACUCUCUCAUUGCAAUUGUGAUCCCAGAAGGAGCUCAUCACUUGGACCUGCGUGCCAGCAAUCCCGGUGACCCCAAAUCUGUGCUGCAAGCCCGGGCCUUGGAAGUUCAGUACAUGAAGCAAUGGAUUGAAAAGUCCAGGCAUAAGCACUAAAGUGGUACUGUAAUAAUGGUGGUCAUUAUCUCCAUUGGCUUCAAUGGGAGCAGGAUCAGGACGUUAUUACAGAGUUCUAUUCAAAACGUUGUUCACCCCUGCUUCCUCUCUUCCUUUACUAGCUGCUUGUCAGCACUGUGCCUUUCACUGGGGGGGCGGGAGGGGUAGAGGAGGUGGCUGUCAGUUGGAAGUCUGCUCCAAUAGCAAACCUCAAUCAAUAAAGUACAUGGAUUGAGUCA